UUAGUUUCAGCUACUAUAUAUAGAGCAUCUUGUGCCGUACUGUAAUGUUGACACGACGCCACCCUAAGUCCAAACUCUCAUUCGCUACUACCAAUUCCCACCUGGUCCCAAUACCAAAUCAACUACUCUCUCUAUACUCACUGCCAAACCCUACUCUUGCUCCUCUUCCAUUAAUCUUCUUCUUCUUCUUCAGCUCUCCCAUGUCACACACCUUUCUCUUCACAUUAUCAUAGCUUGGCUUCGUUUUUCUCUCGCCGGAGACAUGGCCUCGGCCGCUUGCGUCAACAACAUCGGAGUUUCGGCCGAUAAUUUUCUCGACUGUCCGCCUUCCUAUGGAUGGCUCAGUCCUCGUAUUUCUUUCAGUCGUGAGCUUCCCGAUGACGAUCCCUUGGGUCUUUCCAGUGCUGGUGUGGAGAAGCCGUCGGAUCCGUCGUUGACCCUAGAUCCGGAGUCGUCCGUGGCUGAUUUCGAGUUUAGGCUUCACGAUCCGGUUGCCAUGCUUCCCGCUGAUAAGCUUUUCUCCGACGGGAAGCUCGUUCCUCUGCACCUUGCUUCGGUUAAACCGUCGUGUGUUGACGAGAUGACUUCGACGGUGGGGAUUCAGUCGCCGGAGACGGGGAAGUUUUGCCGGAGAAAUGAUAUUUCUGCUACUGAUCCGUACUUGUUUUCCCCCAAGGCGCCGAGAUGCUCCAGUCGGUGGAGGGAGCUUCUAGGGUUGAAGAGACUCUAUAAUACUAACCCUAAGGCGGAGAGUCAGAAAACUACGUCGUCUUCACUUAGCUCAAGUGCUCCUAAAUCAUUCAAGAAUUUCCUACACCGUAGUUCGAAGUCUUCAUCUUCGUCGUCUUGUUCGUCCAACUCCUUGGAAACUUCUUUGUCUUUGCCGUUGUUGAAGGACUCAGAUUGCGAUUCCGUUUCCAUGUCGUCACGGCUCUCGCUCUCGUCAUCGUCUUCGGGCCACGAGCACGAUGAUCUUCCUAGACACUCGCUCGACUCAGACAAGCCAAACACGAACCCGAUUUCGAUUCACCGGAAUCCAAACAACCCUCCGAGAAUGCGAAUGGUCAAACCUAGACCGGCCUCGGUCUCGUCGGAAAGCCUCAAUCAAAGACCGUUGAUAGACCAUCCAACAGCAGCUACGCGAGUGGGACGGAGCCCAUUGCGUAAGUCGACGGGGGGUGAAUCGAAUGGGGUAGGAAGCAGUAGAGGAGUCUCAGUGGACAGUCCGAGAAUGAACUCAUCUGGUAAGAUUGUGUUUCAGAGCUUGGAGAGAAGCUCAAGCAGCCCGAGCAGCUUCAACGGCGGUCCCAGAUUCAAACACCGAGGAAUGGAGCGCUCGUACUCAGCCAACGUAAGAGUGACACCGGUUCUAAACGUCCCGGUUUGUUCUCUUAGAGGGUCUUCUAAGUCGGUCUCAGUUUUCGGAUUCGGCCAGCUCUUUUCGUCUCCCCAGAAGAGAUCAGAAGGAAAUAUUAACGGCGGGGGAGGAAGCAGCAAAACCCACAGUCACGGUUACGGUAGUCACAGCUACAGUCACGGUCACGGGUACGGCCAGAGUCGGAACAGGUCCGAAAGAACCUGAUUAAAACCGAAUCAGAGAGCGGUAGUAUUUGACGAGGAGCAGAGGGUAAAGCUUUCAGUAACGUUUUCUUUUUAAUUUUAUUGUGUUCUUUUGCCUGCCCAAAACGACAUUGUUUGUCAUCAGAGAAAAAAUCUGGCUUCCCAAGUUAGAAUUGUAGGUGUAAAUAUUCUCCGAUUUUGAUGUUUUUAUUUUGGGGUUUGCUAUUAUUAUUUUAUGCUCUUUUGAAUCGUUCGUUUACGGGGAUGGUUCUUGUGCUAGCUCUAACUAUUUUUAACUUCUAAAACUAAAAAAAAAGGCUAAUGUUUCUUUC